CAUGGAAUCGAAGAUCAAUAUUUCAUAGAAGAUGAACUAAUAUGCGAGGAUUGGUCUUGGUUUGGACAAAGCAUUCAGGAUGACGAAAAUAUUACAAGUUUUAGCGCCAAAAGUUGCAGAAUCUGCGCAUAUUUACAGACAGAUUCUGGCGACAUUUGCAGCAUCACUCCUGGCUCUCGCUGGUGGUAUAACCUUCGGCUUCACAGCAGUGCUUCUGCCUCAGCUGCAGAAUGACACCAGCUUUCCUUACGAUCCGAUGUACGACUCAUGGAUUGCCUCAAUCUCCCCACUGGCUAUGAUGAUGGGCUCCUUAUUCUCCGGCUCUAUGAGCGACGGCUUCGGGAGACGCAUGGGUCAGCUGGUCCUUAUCGUCCCUUUCAUCCUCGGCUGGAUCAUCAUAGGAGUCUCCAACAACAACGCCGUCAUGCUCCUGGGGAGGUUCAUCACAGGAGCCUGCACGGGAGCUGUUAGAGCAAACAGCAUGGUCUAUAUUGGAGAAACGACUGAUCCAAAGUACAGAGCUAUAGCCCUCUUUUGUCCAUCAGCAGCCAUCAAUAUUGGAGCCCUAAUCAGCCACACAGUCGGCACAUUCUGCCAUUGGAAGACUAGCUGCUUCAUCUUCGUUAUACCUAACAUCAUAUCUUUUAUAGUACUCUUGUCUUUAAAAGAAAGUCCUCUAUGGCUGCUUUCAAAAGGCAGAACUGAUGAAGGAAUAGAAUCUUACAAGCAAUUCCGUGGCAGCGGAGAGAACGCUGACAAGGAAUUGGCGACAGUUUUGGAAAAGACUAAAGAGAAAACUGAAGAAAAGUCCACGUUUAGAGACAUUUCGGAUAUUAUAUUUAGUAGACCGUUCAUGAGGUCUUUAGCUACAAUAGUUUUAUUAUUUAUUGCUGUACAAUGGUGUGGGAUAAACACACUUUCUUUCUACGCCCAAGUGAUCUUCGAGAAGACAUUUUCGGGGGAAGUAGAUGCAUUUAUGCUAAUGCUAGUAACAGAUGGUAUAAGAAUUUUAGCUGGCGUUGUUAUGUGUUCCUUAGCUAAGAUGUUACCACGUAAAGUGACGUUUAUAGCUUGUUGUAUUACAACCUCUCUUAUAUUGCUAGGUUUGGUUACUUACUUAUAUUUGCGUCCCGAUGGGAUGGUGUGGAUGGCAGUUACCUGUAUGGUUAUGUACAUAGGUAUUGCAAGUGCUUUAACUUGUAUAUCCUGGUCAUUUGUUGCGGAAAUAUUCCCGGCGAAAGUUCGCGGUUUUGGAUCAGGAUUGAGCUCAGCUAUAUCAUUUGUUUUAUUGUUCAUUUCUGUGAAAGUGACUCCAGAAAUCAUGAAUAGGUUUGGAGAGCACGUCAUGUAUGCUGGAUUUGCCGGUGUCACAUUAUGUACUGGUUUAUUAUUAAGUUUUAUUUUACCAGAAACGAAUGGUAGGAGUUUACAGGACAUAGAAGAUUCCUUGUACCAGAAGAAGGGUGUUGAAAAAAAAAACGAUAUAAGUAUGGCAGCAUUGCCUAAUUCCACGGCGUAACAUCACGCCAUAAUUAGAUUAAUUAC